UGCCGAUAGCCUAAUCAUCUUGCUCACGGAUAUCCUACGUUGGCUUUUUGAUUUGUGUUUGGACUUUGAUACAUAUACUCGUAGCAAUCAGCAGCUCGCGCCUCCACGUCCGGCUCACGUAGACGCACUACCGCAAACGAUGGCCAACGCGGGGCUGCGUGCAUACCGCGAGGUGCUGCGCCUGGUGCGGCGGCUGCCGGCGGAGACGCAGCCCUACUACGCCAAGUACGCCCGCCAGAACUUCGUCAACUAUCGCGACCUCGCCGCCGACGACGAUCUCGGCGCCCUCCUCCGCCGCGCCUACACCCACUCCACAUGGGUCCUCUCCAAGUACUCGAUCGACGCGGGGAAAGUGGCGGUGCGGCUCAAGGACUUGACAGACGGCCACGCUGUGAUGUGACGCACGCAAGGUGUUCGAUCAUAUGCCGCUCUUGGCUUGAGGAUUGAGCUCAGCUUCGAUUUGUGUUUGUUUUGGCACUUGCAUCACUCUGGUUACUUGGACGCUGUAUGGAACGAUGCAAGUUAACAACUCAUGCUCAUUUGUCAUCUCCCUUUUGUCAUGCCUGUGUAUGCCAGCCCUUUUCAAUUCAAAUCAACUUUGUGGGAGCUUCGAAUUA